AUGUCUGCUGGAGAGGACAGCCAUGCGAAGCUCGAAGAGCAGCCCUUUCUUGAAGAUGGUUGGGAACAAGACGGUACCAGCCUGGGCGGCUCGGCACAACCUGACCAUUGGUCGAUCAAAAGCAAAAAGGGUCAGGCAUCCUGGAUCGCUGCCAGCACCAUCGUGAUCCUCGUCACAAUCACCCUCUUCGGUCUCUCCGUCAUUGCGCUCAACAUGGGCACCUCGGCCGGGACAGCUAUUGGCUCGCAAGACACACAGCAGGCAACCGCUUCCUCUUCCUCUUCCUCUUCCUCUGCCCCUGCGACCGUGGCUGAUGAGCCGGCACAGGAUCAAGACGGCGAGGGACAGCAGGAGGGUGAUCAUAAGCAUCCUACUGCACCUGUUUUCAUAGAAGAGCCACAGCAGGAGGAGGAGGAAGAGGAGGACAGUGGAACCCCCUCCGACAAGAAUCGCCUCGUCCAGUAUCACGAAGAUUUACCCAGCAUUCCCAGACUUCGAGAUACCUCGGCGUACAUCCUCGACCGCAGCUGGGCGAUUGACGCCCCCCCGACCACGCGCGAGUUCUUCUGGACUAUUUCAGACGCCCAGCUGAACCCGGACGGCGUGUACCGACCUAUGAUGCUCGUUAACAACCAGUUCCCCGGCCCGUUGGUCGAGUGCAACGAGGGCGACCGGAUAGUGGUGCACGUGGAGAACCGAGCGGCCAACGCGACGGCAAUCCACUUCCACGGGCUGUUCCAGAAUGGUACCAAUGCCAUGGAUGGCACCGUGGGCAUCACGCAGUGCGCCAUUGCGCCCAACUCCAACUUCACAUACACCUUCGAUGUACGCGGCCAGUCGGGCACGUAUUGGUACCACGCGCACCACAGUGCCCAGGCGUCCGACGGGCUCCUGGGCCCCAUGGUCAUCCACUCGACCGACGAGCCCACGCUACAGGAGAUGCACUACGACACCGACAGGGUCGUCAUGGUUCAGGACCACUACCACAACACCACGGCCGAGCUGCUUAUGGACUACCUUCAGCCGGGUAGGGAGAACGACGAGCCCGUCCCGGAGAACGGCCUCAUCAACGGACGCGGGGUGCGAAGCUGCGAGGAAUUCGCCGGGUGGCCCUGCGACGACACAGACGUUACCGCGCCCGUCAUCGAUCUCGUCAGGGGCCAGCGCCACCGCAUCCGCUUCAUCAACGUCGGCGCCUUUGCCGAGUUCCAGAUCCAGUUCGAUGAGCACCCCUUCUACGUCACCGAGGUGGACGGCACAGAUGUGCACCCGGAGCCCUUCCACCGGCUCAACAUCCUGCCUGCGCAGCGCUACAGCGUCAUCCUCGAGGCUAACCUGACCACUACCGACUCCUUUUGGAUGAGGGCGCGCAUGGUGACACACUGCUUCACGCGCGACAAUCCCCUACUCGAGGCCGAGACCCGGGCCAUAGUCCGGUACAUCUACCCUGACGCGGCACUGACGACGACAGACGUGGCCGUCGCCCAGCCAGAGACGGAGAACUGGCCCGAUGCCAUCGAGAUUACCUGCCGCGACCUGAACACAACCUUGCUCAAACCUGUGCGCGCCCAGACGCCACCCCCCUCGGACCACCACGUCAACCUGCGCGCAAACUUCAUGAUUGGCCACUGGACGCUCGCCCGGGGCUUCUUCAACGACUCGACGUGGCACGCCAACUCGACGCACCCGUCGCUGCACCGGCUUCUGGAGUCGGGCCGGUUCAAGUCCCCGUCCGUGUUUGAUGCUCCGGGCCUGUACGCCAACAACGUCGACUUCGACCCGGAGCACGACUUCGUCCUGCAGACCACGGGCGUGCGCACCGUCGACAUCUCCAUCAACAACUUUGACGACGGCGCCCACCCUUUCCACCUGCACGGCCACAAGUUCUACGUCCUCAUCCAGUCGACAAGCGGGUACCCGCCUACGCCCGAGGAGCUCCCCAGGGUACUGGACGAGAGGGGUCUGCUGGAUAAUCCACUGCGGAGGGACACCGUUACCGUGCAGGGCUAUGCGUGGGCCGUGAUCCGCGUGGUGCUCGAUAACCCAGGCCUGUGGGCAUUCCACUGCCACAACGCGUGGCAUGCCGAGUCGGGCAUGGUGAUGCAGUUCCUCAGCAGGGGCGACGUGGUGAAAGAUUGGGAGCUGGCUCCGGAGCAGAAGGACAUCUGUCGACGUCUUGGCGUGGAACGAGGGAUGCGGCCACCGGACAGUCUCUGGUUCGGUAUAAUCUGA